GCUCAAACAAGCGAGCGCUGCCAUGCUGUCGUUUCAACUAUUAUUGUUGUCAUGGAGGCAAUUCGUCUGUCAUUCGGUGUUCAACACAGAAAACCUUGAAAGGGAAGUAGGUGUCGCCUUGCGAGACGCGCCCCACCGUCGUUUGUUGCGGGAUAUACGAACCGGUUACUCGUUGUUGCAGUAUUUUUUUAGGUGAACCAGUUCAAACUACUACAUGUACCCGCCGUGCAUUUUUUUUUUGGCGACGGGAAGAGCCGCGCCCUUCAUGAACUGCUGUUUUCAUCCAUGGCCACACUGACUACGGCAGUGGUGGCCAAACGCUGACUGCUUGGGUCGACCCACACUUUUGUUUGCCCCCGCUGUGUCUGUCUCGCGGUAGACUACACAGACUUGAAAGAUCUCUCAUCUCCAGCAGUACGUCUGUCUGCGAAACGGAAACUGGCAUGAAGCCUGAACACCAGAUCGCAACGAGUGCCUUGGCACUUUUUCUGGCCAAUUUCCCGAGGUAGGUGCGCUUGAUCGUGAGCUGCCAACCAUCCGCACCUCCUCCGUCGUUACACCUCUUCUUUGGUGGGUGUGGACACGGUUUUUCGUGAUUCAGCGGUAUUGAUGUGCCUCUUGCAGCAUUUGGCAAGCUUUCGGCUUCGUGUUCCACGCCCGUACCCCCGAGUCAAUAGCGUGAAGGGGGCGAAGCUGCUGUGAGCGCGGAGCCCAAGCUCCAUCACGAGGUGAGGCUUGCUGCGACGCCAACUGCAGUAUCAUACUCGAAGCAAGAGACGAGGUGACGUUCUUGCUUGUGAUGUGGAGCUGGAGAAUCUGCACGCUCUUCGCGUUGCUUCGCCCUGGUGUUCGAGACCUGAGCGCUGAACAUGGCCCAAGUGGAAAUCAACACUUCCGCCGGGGUUCAAGCGCACGUGGUACGAGCUGCCGCACGCUGUCCAGUUCACGAUGCUGAUCCUGGCGUCCGCCGCGGCUUCGGAAGCAUCCACGGCGUCUGAAACCUCAACACAUGCGUCGACCAUGCCCCCAGCGGCCGCCCCCAUGACCGCAGCAAACCCAGCGCCCCCUUCGCCCGCGAGCGCCAGGCCUGCUCCGCCCGUGCCUAACGCUACCGCCGCCGCCGCCGCCACCGCCGCCACCGCCGCCGCCACGGCCGCUUCCCAGGCGGCGGCGGCGGCGGCAGCAUCUACGACACCCGAGACUGAACCAUCCCGGGUAGGCUGCGGCCGCAGGCUCCUGCGCGCGAUGUCGCUCUGCGGCAGCAUCAGGGCCAGCUGCAUCCGCAUCGCGUCCACGCGCGCGAAGCUGCUUCUCACGUGAAUGAAGCAGCUUCCGAAUGUUGCGCGGCCGCCUCCACCGUGGCCGGAGCACUUGGGGGCGUGGUGGGGUAGCCGUUCCUUCGGUAUCGUUGCAGUCACCACACCGGUACCUCCAUGGCAGUUGGCAGGGGUUGACAGUCUUCUUGUCCAGGGCGUCUUUUUUUGGUAAAUAUACCAGUUUUAGUGUGGGCGUUAGUCCUUGACACGUAUGUCAAGAGGGUCAAACCCUGUCAACUGACAUCUUUGCCACCCCCCCCCCCUCCCCCCGCCGCCCGGAGUCCGUGCUGUGGCUGCAUGCGUGGGGGCUCGAUAGGCGGAGGAGGAAGAGGUGUAGACCCUCCCAGGCGGUACUACUGUGCCACCGCCGCGUGCUGUGCCAUAACUGGUGUGAUUGUCUUGUGCUUGUUUUGUCGUACAUGCAUGGUGUGCAUCAUGAGAUGGAUAGGCCGAUGGGUGACUGGCCAGGGUUUUUAUCUGGAGUGCAGCAUGUUGGAUAAAGAAUGCACUCGGGGAAAUUGGGUUAGGGAUAGUGUCUGCGUACCAUCGCCGGCGUGCCGCACCGUCGUUGUUUCUCUCUUUCUUGUGUGCGCGUGUGUGGAUGAACGACGUGCGUACGUCAUCAUGUGCUUCGUUGGCGCACGUUCGUUUACUUGCCGCUCGACGACAUCGUGUUGUCUAUCUUAUUUAGGACAUACUUAUAUCGUGUGCUGCGUGCUACUCGAGCGGGUGUUGGCAGUGUGAUCAUUACUAUUUUCUUCGUUCAUGGACGCGCUUUUUUUUUCUUCGUUUGUUUUGUGGUUUUGUUUUUGUCCGCCUUUCGAAUCUGGGGGGCUUUUUGAUUGCCAGAAGUCACCAUAGGCGAGGAUGUAGCAGCAGCAGCAGCAACAACAACAGCCGUAGCAGCAGAGCUUCGCAGUUUCACGACCUGGGAAGGGAGGGAAAGGGGGGCGGUCCAUGUUUUUUCGACGAAUUGUUUUGACCGCCCCGUCGUUCGCAUCGUAUUUAAAGCGAUGAGCUACUAAUGUUACCAGCUGGACGAGGAUGGAGGCACCGGAUACAGAGGUCAAAGAGGUUAAAAAAUAUUUUGUGGUCGAAACGAAAUCCAGGUAUUCAAGUCCGUGU